UACUCCCUCCCUCCCUCUUCUUUAGUUGAUUCUAGCCCAGGAACUGAGAAAAUACAGGUCAUCUCAGUCAUUGGGAAUACUUUUGCAUUUGACUGUAUUCCAGAGCAAAACCAAAGGGUUGAAUUUAUUCAGCUGGGGAAAUCUUUUCUGCACCUUUUCUUCUACCAACAUAUAAUCUGCAUCACUUUUGGAUUUACUUCCCACUUAUAAAGGACUGCAGCCUCCAGGGAAAACAGAGCACAGAUGAUCAAUACCCAGAAGACAAAGAAAUGGAAGAUUAACUGAGAAGACCCAAUAAAAGUAUACAUGGAUUACUAAGCAAAUGUUUCCCUGUCCCUGAGAUGGAAGUGCCAAGCAUCAAGGAUUUUCAGUGGAAAACCCUAGCACCUUUGCCUAGUCCAAGAGUCUAUUCUUCCCUGGUAGAGGCUGGUGGACAAGUGUUUGCCAUCGGGGGCUGUGAUGACAAUGGCGUGCCAAUGGACAGCUUUGAAGUGUAUUCCCCAGAAGCAAACCAAUGGAAUUCUCUGCCCCCAAUGCCUACAGCCAGGGCUGGGGUAGCAGUAGCUACACUGGGCAAGAGGAUAAUGGUGAUUGGAGGCAUGGGAGCCCAUCAGAUGCCUUUGAAGAUUGUGGAGAUGUACAACAUAGAUGAGGGCAAGUGGAAGAAAAGAAACUCUUUGAGAGAAGCCUCAAUGGGCAUUUCUGUGUCAGUAAAAGACUACCGAAUCUAUGCAGCUGGUGGAAUGGGAGCAGAUCUACGUCCUCACAAUUAUAUGCAACAUUAUGAUAUGCUUAAAGACAUUUGGGUGUCCUUGGCAACCAUGCCUACACCCAGGUAUGCUGCCACCUCCUUUCUGCGGGGCACCAAGAUCUAUGUUCUGGGUGGAAGGCAAUCCAAGUAUGCUGUGAAUGCCUUUGAAGUCUUUGACAUUGAGACCAGAUCUUGGACCAAAUUCCCCAACAUUCCCAGCAAAAGGGCUUUCUCCACCUUUAUUUGCACAGAGAACAACAUCUUUAGCCUUGGGGGAUUGCGGCAGGGCAGAUUGUACCGUCAGCCCAAGUUCAUGAAAAAUGUGGACGUCUUUGACAUCGAGCAAGGGGGCUGGAUGAAGAUCGAUCACUCAUUUUUUCUGAAAAAACGACGGGCAGAUUUCGUUUCUGGCUAUUUAAAAGGAAGAAUUGUUGUUGCAGGAGGACUAGGAAACCAGCCAACUGUUCUGGAAUCUGCUGAGGCCUUUCAUCCUGGAAAGAAUAAAUGGGAAAGUUUACCACCUAUGCCUACUCCACGCUGUGCUUGCUCCACCAUCGUGGUAAAAAACUGCCUUCUAGCAAUAGGUGGAGUGAAUCAGGGUUUGAGUGACGCAGUAGAAGCAUUAUGUGUUUCUGAUUCCUAGCUGGCAUGUCAUUGGAUGCUCACCAUUCAGAGUGAUCUAUAGACCAAGAAAUAGCUCUGCCGUCUUUGAAGCUGGGCCAGUAUCUUCAGUAUGUGAAAAGUUAACACUUUUCCUUCACCAUCUCUUGCACUGCCUUGCUUUCCUCUAAUUCCUUUCACAAUGUCCUUUGGAGAGAACAAAUUCUUGCUCCAUGUAGCUGCACAACUUUGUGGCUCUGUCAGCUAGCAGAAGCUCCUUCCUAGUAUGAUGUAAUUUCCUGAAGCAUUAUGGAGCACCACUGACGUAUGAGAUUAUAGGGCACUUCCACUGUCAACUCUGAAUGGCUGAAAAUCAGGCCAGUUUUGAAAUGGAGCAAUCAAGGUUCAUAGCCUAACAAGAAGUUUCAUCCAAGGAUGAGGAAGCAUAUCAUCUAAGACUGCAAGAAGAUUUUGCUUUCCUCUGAAAUAUCAUGUACGAGUAACAGCAGUUGAACAAAAUCGUUAAGAUUUUGUGCUGGGCUUUUCCAAGUACUUUUUGAAGAGUCACAAUGGAAACAAAGAAGGGAAUCUCACAGAGCUAGAGUGCAGUGUGCCCCAGCAGUUCUGAACUCUUAAAUACUGCCAUUAUGAUAAUGAAUUUAAUGUUUUUUUCUGUUGGGAAAAAAUUGAAGAGUUUGUAGUCUUCAAAAUUCCGUACUGUGAUAUUGGACAUACAGACAUUCAAAGCAUCUUUCAUGAAUGUCUUCCAAUCAUGCAGCUUAUGAUAGUGAAGCCACCUCGAUUUGUGUGAGAACAAAAAACUUAUUAGCAGUAUAUUCUGUCAUUGCAAUAGCAGAUUGCUUUAUCCAAGGGUCUGAAAACAAAAGAUUAUAGGUGAAAAAUCAAUUUCAGGAGAAGAAUGCCUCUGUUCCACGAACCCAAAUAUUUCUCCCUUCCAUGAGCUUUCCUUCCUUCCUUCCUUCCUCUUUGUGUGGGCAUGCACACAGUGACUCUGACUGAGGAAUUCUGGGAAUUGAAGUCCACAAGUCUUAAAGUUGCCAAGGUUGAAGACUUCUGAUCCAAAGCACACGAAGUGUGGUUGAGUUUAAUAUAAUUGAUGUCUGAGUAGCAGGGAAGUUAUGGACUUGAUUCAUAGCCACUUUCACAUGUCCCAUGGCAACAGUAACCCUUGGGUGCAGUCUUGCCUGCCUUUUUUAAAAAAUCUGUUUCAUAUAUUGUUUAUCUUAUAUAAUCUACAGGGUGAAAUUGUCAGUUUGAUUAUUUAUCUGUUCUGGUUAGUUAUUA